UUACUACUACUGUCUACUGCGGCGUACGACUGCCCCGCUACUAAUAUUAUGCUGGCGAAAUCUGCAAUUACUAUUACUACUACGGAGCCCAGCUUAAAUUUACAGAAUUUAAUAGCUCGUAAACGACCAUACUUCGAACAAAUAGGAACUGUUGGAACGGGAUAGAAUAUACAAAGGUCUAAUCAAGUCUUGUGAUUGAAAUACGGACGCGUCUGGAGUAGGUUUACUAACAUGGGUGCUGAGGGAAGUAAAACAGAGAAAAAUCAGCAUUUCUCUGCUGAAGAACAUCAGCUUCUUUUGCAAACGCUCAGCAAGAUCGACAGUAAUGGAGAGAAACUGUCUAUUUCAUCUUUGGAGGCUUACUUUACUCGUGAGGUCAGCGCUGAAUAUGCAGCUGCAUUUAUUCAGGCUUUGACAAAUGGGAAGAAGGUUCAAAGCUUCCCAGUGUCAGGACUUGCAGAAAAACUAGGGUCUUUGAUAAAAGGUUCAACAGAAGAACAUAUAAAUUUGACAUUAACUUUGGCACAUGGAGGAAAGCUUGGUGUUAAUAGUAACCAACUCCUAAAGUACAUGGAGAUGAUAAUUGAAUUUUAUGAGAAAGGUAUACCCGAGAAAGGACGCUGGAAGAACAGUCCUGAUACUGUUAGGACGCAGAUUGCUUUCGCUGUGUUACUUGAUUUAUUCUUCCCCAAUGAAGGCAUUAAAAAGGUUUGGGGAAAAGGUCCUCCAGAAUCUCUCUUGAUUUCUUAUGAUGCAUUUGAGAGAUGGUGGUUGGGUCACUGUAUUUUUGGUAACCUUGAGAUGGAGAUGUUUAAGUAUUUAUUCAAGUUUAGCCCUCUUGGUGAGAGAAGAUUACUACCACAAGCAACUCAACUUCCUAAGGUGUUCCCCACAAUGCUGUCGGCUGCUGAAGUCAUGUUUCUUAACGGGGCUUUACCUAUGAAUCUGCAGUCCGAGUGGCGUUUCAUAUUUUCUACUGCAACACAUGGGUGGAGCUUUAGUAUAUUUAUGAAGCAGAUUGUUGGUAAAGGGCCAACAAUUAUUGUUAUUGAAGAUCAGUCUGGCAAUAGAUUUGGGGGUUAUGCAUCUGUCUCUUGGGAGGUCAGACCACAGUUUCACGGAACACAAGAUUGCUUUCUCUUUUGCCUUCAGCCUCAGGCAGGAAUUUUUCAUACUACUGGAUACAACAGUAACUAUAUGUAUCUCAAUUACUUAGAAAAGAAUACAAUGCCAAAUGGAUUGGGUAUGGGUGGAAGAGAAGAACUUUUUGGACUGUGGCUUGAUUAUGACUUUGGAAAAGGGACUGUUGCACCAACAUGCACGACUUUUGCAAGCCCCCAGUUGUCUCCUAAUCAGGAACUUGAGAUAUCGAGCAUUGAAGUUUGGGCGCUUGGUCCAGAAGAGGAAGACUCAGAUGAGGAGGAGGGAACACGUAAAAAGAAAAGCGCACUCGAUAAAAACCCUGAGGCACGUGCCAUGCUGGACAUGAUGGGUAAAGUUGCUGUUAGCGAUGGCUAUAGAGAAGAAGACAAUGAUGACUGAGUUUUUCCAGUAUUGAGACUGGCAUAAUUCUCCAUAGUAGUCCAGUAGUAUAGAUAUAGAUUCAUUUUACUGUGUUCAUUCCAUGUAUGGAUAAGAAUGAGUGUAUACUAGGUUGCAACAAUUUUAACUCUUGGUAAAGGGAAAUUUGAUUUAUGAAGCCACAUCUAGAGGAUAGCAUGAAGAUGAUAUUUUACUACAUGUGCGAUAGCAAAUGAGAGUUCAAUAUUUUUAACCCAGAGGUGUAUGAUAAGGUUACCCAAGGAAGGAUCGUUGAUUUUUGUAUGAAUUUUGUCUGGAAUGUUGUUUUAGUUUUGCAUUCCAAAUAUGUAUGUGUCUUAUUUUUGUAUUUCAAAUACGUAUGUGUCACUCAUUUGUUUUGGAUCCUUAAAGUCUAUGUAAGUAGAGUGUAAAUAAAAAAAUUUUUUCCUUAAAACUUUUCAAGCAGGCUCAUUACAUUGGUACCCCAAAUGACCAACUUAAUAAUCAGUGAGUCAGUGUAAUUCACACGUUUUGAAUGCAGGUGUGCAUGCACACCAGUGAACCUGGUUUAUUCAUUUGAAUCGUAAUAAUAACAAGCUGUUAUUAGGAUUAGAAUGCAGAAAUUCUUUUAAAUCCUAUCUGAGGGAUAUGAUACUGAUGAUAAACAUUUUAUUCAUAAUAAUAAUACGUAAUGUUGUAUGUACACACAGUGCCCUACAGGCAUUACUAAAGGGUGUUUGCAGCAUUCCUUCAGCCUGUAGCUUCACUCACUUUUGGGCCUUUUACCUUAUCUGCAUUCCAGCUUCCUUUCUUCAGCUCUGUCCAACCUCCUUUACCAUUAAUGACUUCUUGGUGCAACUGUGGUGUUUUCUCCCAGUUUGAUCUUUAGGACCUUCUACUUCAUAUCCUUCAUUUUCUGAAUAUCUUUAUCUUGCUGUGCAACCACUCCAACUCCCUCUUUUCACUGUCUGAAACACUUCAUUGGCCAAAAGUGCUUGGCUAGGGAGCCAGAAUUUCUAAAAUCAGAUCCAUGCAAACGAUCAUUUCAAAACAAAAUGUUCCUAAGGCAACCCUCUAAUGUAGAGGGUUCACUUGAGUUUCAAGCCGUGUUAGGUUCCUUUCAAGAUGAGAGAAUAUACAGAACUGAAGCUAAGAAAGUCAAUAAGAGUACAAAGAAAAAUUAUGUGUAAUUUGUAAGGUUGACUGCUCUGUACGCAUGAAAAAUAUAAUGACGCUGACUUUUAUAACAACCAUUAAGUUACAAGACUGGUGUAGCUUUCCCAAUGCUACAUAGUUGUUUUGGUGGGCCCUUAAUGUUUACCAGAUAUUGAGCACCUUGCUUUGAGGCAGGGGUCAGGAUGUAUGCUGUGAAUUUCUAAUUUACGACGAUGUGCAAUUUACCUUUCUGAAGUGCCAGUCAAUUUGUAUAUAUGUUUCUAAAUUUUUGUAAUCAGGAGUCUGGGAAAGGUCAAGGCUUACAGUUUUGAUAUAGUAAUGGCAUGCAGAAAAUUUGUUGAAAACAUCUUGUUUAGGAUUAAAGACAUCUUUUUCAUGAUGGUGGUUUUAGAGGUGUCGUGAGGGGGAGGGGCUGGGGGAGGACAUGUUCCUGGGCGCAGCAUUGAGGGGGCACCAAAUUGAAGUUGGGAAGACAUCUAUUGAGGGGGCACCAAAUUGAAGUUGGGAAGACAUCUAUUUUGGGAGAAAUGGAGUGAUGAAGCCAGUAACUUAGAAUCUUCAAGUUUUUAUGAGUUUUCAGUAUAUAUUUUAUAUUUAAUGAAGAUUGACUCCCUUUAAUGUUCAUUAUAUAUAAAUGUAAUCAUCGUGUGUUAAUUACUAAACUAUCAAAUUUUAUUACGUACCUAUAAAAUAAGUGGUUUAGUGACUGUGAGUCAGAGCAAAGAUAUUGGAUAGUUCCCCAUCAAUCUAGUGUUACUUUCUUUCGUGAGGAUUUUUUUGUGCAUAACAAACUGCAGACUACAAUUAUUUCUACAUUUUCAUAAAGCUGAUGCUGAUGUUAUAAUCAAUACGUACAUAAAGUAUUUCAUUUAUUUAUCUUUUUGCAAAAAAUAUAGUAAGAAAUUUUAAUAUAUGCAACUUUUUUCAUUCUCUAAUGAGAAAGACGUCAGUCACAACAACACAGUCAAGUUGUCAACACAACUUCACAAUUUUAUACACGCCAUGAGAACCAAGGUAUGAAACAGAUGCAACGUCACUAUUGACAUAAAUUGCAUAACUUGGAUUCAAAAGUUUUGGCUUCUUUUGGAUAUUAAGGAGUUGCCGUCUACAACCAAUGAAGCAUACAUAAAAGAUAGGUGCAUUAAUAUGGCAAGUUUCUAUGACACUGACUUAGAUGGCUUGGAACUGUUCAGCUAAAUUGUAGAUUGCAGAAUGCUGCUCAAAACACGAGAUAUGUUCUGAUCACUAAACCAGAGGAAUUACUUUGUUGCUUCUUGUGAGAGAUCAUUUAGUAAUUUGAAACUUAUCUUGUCGCAUCUGUGAACAUCUAUGGGGCAAGAGAUUGUCAGCUUUAACUCUUACUACUAAGUGGAGAGCAAGAGAUCACAAACAAAAUAAACUUUGAUGAUGUGAUAGACAAAUUUGCGGCUGUAAAAGCUAGGGAAAUAAAACUGUAAACACAUUGUAACAUGUAUUGAUACUUAAUGUCGCACAAUUCAUUGUCAAUCAUUUUCUUUGUUUAGGUUUUCUGUUAUCAAUAUCUGUCUAAUUAUCUUUACAUUCCAAUACCUUUAUACUGUUUUAUUUCCUUGCACAUGGUUGAUCCUAACCAUCCAUCACUUUAAUCUUUUUGUUUUCAAUAUUUUGAUGCAUGUUCAACAUUCUUUAAAGAAAAGUAAGGUUUAUAGUUAGUGAACUAAUUCAUCUUUGUUCUUAUCAGAUUUCUUUUCAGGCAUUAUAACUAUUCAGUCUUAACCACACAAACUAUUUUUUUCUAGUACUGUAUUAACUUCUAUGCUGGCAACAAAUUGUACAUUUUCAUGAUUUUCUGAGCCCCAUGUAUACCCUAAUGUUUAACUCCUUUUUUUAGUCAAAUUUAUUUAAUUUGCCAUUUGUCUUUGGUUAUUAAGAUGUUACUGGUUACUGUGAUGCUUUACUAUAAUCUACAUUUUAGCUACCUUAUCAACAUUUUGUAAUUCAUUUAUGAGGGCUAAUGAUUAAUUAAUGACAGUGUAUCUAUUAUAUGUAAAAUAAACUGUUUCAGUUUGCAAAUUCGGUAUGUUCUAUCAUUCCAGAAUAUUAUUAUGUAAAUUAGAAUGUUUUGUUUUCAACACAAUAUAGGUAUCUGAAAUAAUGAAGGCAAACAUUUCCUGUCAAGAUUAGCGCACUCAAAUGAAAAUAGUCCUCCGGCCCCUUCCCGCUGCCUCCCUCUUUGGGGCCGCCAUAAAAGACUUUGCCCCCCGGGCGCCAGCAACCCUCACGAUGCCACUUGGUGGUUUGAGUUUUAAUUAAGUUCUUGCUGUUUAGCCCCUGAAUAAGUUACUGUAAUGAAUUUUGUAUUGAAAAAAGAAGUCAAUUUUCCAUGUAAAUGUCUUUGAAAAUAAUGAAAGAUAUGCAUAUUGAUUAAAACCAGCUACAACGUGACAUCUUGUUGGUCUCAAGAAUAUAUUUAUCACAGUCAUCGUUUUUAACUUUAUAUUCUUCGGUUGUCUAUGUAGAUUGAGUGACCCGUUUUCUAUAACAACGUGAGCGUCAUCCUUGGUUUUGAAAUUUCAAAAAGAUCGUAAAACGCCAUAUCGAAAGUUUCUUUAAACCCUGUUAACUUAAUCAUAUGUUAAACGUAAAUAAACUAGACUCGAGUGUUUUCUGGGCAUUCUACACGCCAUUAGAACAGAGUUCUGGUGAUAUAGGUCUACAAAGGUUUACUCACGCUUCUUGUAGGUCUACGAGUCAUCAUUACCACUAUACCAUCUUCCCUUCCACCUCUUUGGAUCCCUGUACUUAUAAAGCCUUCUUUUAUAUUUAAAAAUGUUGAUUCAUAAAAGUGUGGUCUAGUGACCCACCCAGACUAGGUGAACUCUGUGUUAUAGUUAAACUUUACAGGAGGUGCAAGUGUGUCAGUUGGCAAGCUGCUCUCGUCUUUUUUCAAAGAUGCAACAAAUCUGGUUUCUGUAGAUAAACAGUGGUAUUUUUUUACAUGUUAGUGAGGACAAUCAUUCUAUUAACUGUGAAGGAUUAUGUAUUCUUAUAAUGUAAUGGAUUGGAAUAUCAUUGAAUCUAGCUUUAUAAAAGAAAUUUACAAACAUAAUAUGAACAUCAGUCAAGGAAUGUAUAAAGUUGAUCCUUUAAUAUCUAAUGAAAUUUGUAAAUUGUUUAAGUUUUAAGGUAGGCAGUACAGAUGUAUGGAAAUAGGAUUGUUAUAUCUGUAAACACAGUAAGGAGACAUGUCCUACCCUGCCUCCUUGAUACCUGUCAGGUGUGGAUUGGUUGUUUCCUACGGUGGGUACGUUUGUCUUUUGAGAAUAUAUUGUGAAUUUUAGCCAAAUGAGUUUUGAAAGCCACUCCUAAUUUGACACCUGCCUGUGGGUGGAUCUGCAGUCUCAUACGGUUGUGUGUAUGUUCGUCAGUAUACUGUCUCUGUAGUAUAUAUAUUUGUGACUUCCAAUACAUACUAUGUAUCAGUCCUUUGUCAAGGGCUUGGAAAUAAAGUCGAAAUCGGUCAGGACCUA